GACUGAACACUGAGUCAGUAGGCCACGAACCUUCGCCGGACACUCAUUUACGCCCCAGUGCAAAGACUAAUGUGAGGAUACCCUAUGGGAGUGAGCAGUGCCCCCGCCGACAUUAUCGGUUCAAGUGUACAUCACAGGGACGCGGACACCUGUUAGAACGACAGCCGCUAGCCGCUACCGGGACUUCUCACCUCUCCCACAGAAUCAGCGCCCACUCCACAGCAGCCGCAGCCGUAGCCGCAGCAGCAAGCCGUUACUCUCUGGAAGUAUGACCGCUCUACUCAUCUUGGUCUCGGCCUCCGUAUGCUCAGUCUCUGCUUUUAGUGCUCUUUACUCCGACCAGGCGGCCGCACCGGUUCAAGGAAAAAAAUUUGGAGGUUACCGAAUAGUGCCAAAGACUUGUGUGGACUCAACAUCAAGUGGCAAAGGAAGGGGCGUGUGCAUGUUCAACUAUGAGUGUGCACAGAGAGACGGGCAAGUGGUCGGAUCGUGCAUGGACGGUUUCCUGUUCGGGGCUUGUUGCAAGCUACCACCAGGCUCCAUCUACCACGGUGUCAGUGUUGAGUUACCUUCCUCUUCACCCUCCACUACAUCUCUCAAACCUGUAGACCACAAUAUCCAAUCUGCAAAGCCCAUCACACUUCACCCCAUCGGUGAAACUAUUCUUCUCCAUAAAAAUGGCUCUGUUGUUGUAGACCAGAAUAGCCCUGAAGAAUUCAAUUUGCUAAAAAAGCCACAGGAAGGCUCCACACUUCCAGAAGUUAGUACUUUCAGUUAUAUUACUGCUCCUGGCAAUUACUUAUCACCUGACAAUAAUCUCUAUACUAAGACUGAAGAUGACAAUUUGUCUAAGUGGACAACAAAACACCCAAAAAAUUCUAGUACAUACUCACAAGCCAUGUCUAAAACAACUCAAGUGUUGGAAUUUGAAAUGGUUACUCCUUCUAUGCAGGGUACAACUCGUCAUGACGAGGAAAACUUUCCUUCAACAACUGUUGAAAAUGCAAUGACUAAACCUGUACACUCAACAUUCAGCAACUUACAUUCAACUACUAAAUACCCUUCUUACGUGUACUAUACAAAACCAGCUGCUACAAAGCGACCUCAGAAGCCUGGGUUAGUCACUAAACCAAUAUCUUACACUUCUAGUAACCAACCCCUUAAACCAAAACCAGUUUCUAAUAUCAUUACUCAUCCGACCACUGAGAAGAAUUACAUGACAAAUUCUGUUUUACACGAAGACAAUUUGCUUCUAAUACCAACUAUAAAUAAUAACAAACCUAGUGUUGAAGACGUAACAAAUGCAGCUUCAAUAAACCAUAUACUACACCUACUGAACGAUAGUGAACCUAGCCCAGAGCCAAUUUCAACUCAUGCACCGAGUUUAUCUACAUGGGUUUCUAUCAAUGGAAAACCUGAGAAAACAGAUUCUUCCCUAACUUCUUACACGACUCCCAGUUAUUUUCAACAUGAUAAGUUCAAAGAACCGACUGUGAGUACAACAGUUCAACAUGUUCAAGGGCCUUCCUUCCAGGUAACUCCACAGAUAAACAUUACCCCUAAGCCUCAUGACAGUACUUCACCUGAGCCUCCUCCCACUGUGAUCGUGCUGGGUCCGUUUAAUACUUAUUCCUCUAUGAAGCCCUCUGUAACAACCAAUUAUGGAGAACAGAAACCAUCACAAACUGUGACAGUGCUAUCUCCUUUUCAACACUCCACAGUUGUGACAGUGAAGCCUGAUGGUAGUGUAAUAUCUGUCAAGCCCCCACACACCACGUAUCACCAACCCUGGACUACUCAUUCCCCUCAGGUAACAAUUACCCAUCCCUCAACCAGUGGAUCUCAACAAAUGACCAGACCAGUGCAUUUAAUAACCAAGCCACCAAAACCAUACCCAUCAGUUUAUUCCAGUCACAAACCUAUCUCUUUCACAACUGUCAAACCUGUAACGUAUGUAUCUAAUAAACCUGUAAGCCAUAUAUCGAGCAAACCUGUGUUAAUUACAUCAUCUAAACCUGGAUACCCUGUACAUCAAAACAGGCCAAAUUACUCAUCAUCAACUUCUGUACCGAAUGUUCAAAUUUAUUCCUCAAAUAAACCGUUACAAUCUUCUUAUACUACUGCAAAGCCACAAGUUGCAGAUAAAUUCAAACCUUCUUUAAAUACCCUGAAGCCGAUUUCUAAUCAACCUUCAUCUGAUGAAGAUCCAGCAAACACUUCAAGUCUUCUCGUUGCCUUCCCUCCAGUUAGGGAUCCGAACAUCACACUCCUAAGCUCCCAGCCCGACAAGCCAGACAUACUCACUUCUACUACUCUUAGUGACGAUGAACCAUCCACAGUAAACUUGGUGGAAGAUGACAAUCUCAAUGACAAAGUUCAUAGUUUUGUUGAGAAAAUUGUUCAGUCACUUGAGGGCAACUUUGUUGACCUAGAAAACGUUUUGUUGGAUGGACAAACCAAUUCUAAUGCAACUUUAUCACAAAAACCACUGAAACGUCCUUCAACAGCCUCAACAACUGCCACCAGACCAUCACGACCGACCCGAAAACCAACUAGUAAACCGACAACUUCGACUCAAAAACCACUUGUGUCAAUUACUAAACCUACAUCGAUCAAACCAGAUGUAUCUAUAUACACAAAUCGCCCAACUACAACUGUUCUGCUAUCGACUUACUCCAAACCUUCAGACAAUAGUGAGACAAACAAACCCACUAAAAGACCUACUCCAGCCCCAACGAUAGUUCUUUUCCAACCGAGUUCAACCUCAUCAACAACAAAACGACCUACUCCAACAACAGUUGUUUUAGACAACAUCAGUAUUGUCGAGGAACAAACUGAAGCAACGCCAUCAAAACCGACAACGGAAGUGAACUACAAGAAGGAAUGUGGUGUUAGACCGCUGAUGAAGAAUGGACGGAUUGUUGGAGGGAAGGGGGCUACUUUUGGAGAAUGGCCAUGGCAAGUUCUAGUGAGAGAGGCUACUUGGUUGGGGCUGUUCACCAAAAACAAAUGUGGAGGUGUGUUGAUCACGAGUCGCUACGUCAUCACAGCUGCUCACUGCCAACCUGGAUUCCUAGCAUCAUUGGUGGCUGUGUUCGGAGAGUACGACAUCAGUGGAGAGCUGGAGUCACAGAGGAGUGUCAGCAAGAAUGUAAGGAGAGUCAUUGUUCACCGGCAGUAUGAUGCAGCCACCUUCGAGAACGACAUCGCACUGCUUGAACUUGAAUCUCCGAUAGCUUUCGAUUCACACAUUGUCCCCAUAUGUAUGCCACAAGAUGAUGAUGACUUUACUGGAAGAAUGGCUACAGUCACCGGUUGGGGCAGGCUAAAAUAUGGAGGAGGAGUGCCAAGCGUCCUGCAGGAAGUGCAAGUGCCUGUCAUAGAGAACUCUGUGUGCCAGGAGAUGUUUCACACCGCUGGACACUCCAAGAGCAUCAUCAGCAGUUUUCUGUGUGCAGGAUAUGCCAAUGGCCAGCGUGACUCUUGUGAGGGAGACAGUGGUGGGCCACUGAUGGUGGAACGUGCAGAUGGCCACUGGGUUCUAGCUGGUACUGUGUCUCACGGUAUCAAGUGUGCUGCACCAUACCUGCCUGGCGUCUACAUGAGAACCACCUACUACAAGCCAUGGUUACAAACCAUCACUGGUGUACGCACUACCUGACACUUCCUAUUAAUGUGAUAUAUACUUUACUUCCAAAGACUGUUAAAACAGUAGAUUCUAUGUCCAUAUUGUAUAAAUAUGUAUGUACACACUAUGUGUCUUAGUUAAGAAUUUCAAUCCUGCUUACUUAAAUUUUUUAAAAUUUGAAAACACAAUAAGUAAGCCUUAGAGUUAAUUAAAAUAUUGCAGAAAAUAUUACAGAACUUACAAUCGGUCUAUUCAUUAAUCUAGUACAUUCACAGUGAUAGUUGUUUUCAGCAAGAUAUGGAAGUACUUGAUCAUUACGAUUUCUUCACGCCCUAGAGCUUAGUACAUGUAAAACAUGUAACAGUGCAGAUUUUAGUAAUAUUAUUUCCAAUCGUCUUACACUUCCAUCAUGUUUCAUGACAAAAUAGGUAUGGUAGCAAAUAUGUAGUAGGAUAACAGCAGAGCAGUGAUACCAACACUCACUUGUACAUUUGCUCACACAUGUGUAAAGCUGUCAUCAAUGGAUUCUACAAAUUUUUACUUAUGCAAGAUUUCAAUUGUAGUGGUGUAUGAUGCUAAAAAACCGUUGUCUAUAAAAACUGUUAUAGAUACAUUUUUGAAGCAAAGAAACUGAUAAGAACACUUGAUUAAAAGCAAUUUAUUUUUUAUGUUUUGAGAGAGUGUUUAAAAUUAAUGACUGAACUGAAAGCAAUUUGUAUAUUGCAUUUGCUCUAUCUUGUCUCAGAGUGGUACAGGUUCAAGUAUGAGUGACCACACUAUUACAUUUCAGCAGUCAAUAAAUUCUAUUUUAACUCCAUACAUAUGGAUUCUACACUACACAGUUUUGCAUGCACAUAAGGGCCAUCGUUCACCCAUUCAUUUAAUCUAGUGGUCAAGUAAUCAUAUUACAUAAUGACCUUUGCACGAUUUCAAAUGAGUAAGUUUACAAAGUUUAGUUCUGUCACUGAUACAUAAUACCUAUGUGCUUCAGAUGUGCAUUUAUUAUUGCAUAACAGUGUUGCCUCCAAUAGAAAUUCAAUUUGUUGACUGGUACAAUAUUUUAGUAUAAUAUACUCGAAUAUAAUAUUUGAUACAUUAUUUUAAGACUAUAUGGAUAAAAAAGUAUUGUUAAAUAUAAACAAUACUUAAGAUGCAUGUGAAAUGUAUUUAAAUUUCAUGUUCAACUACAUAUUAGUUGCUGAAUUGAAUGAUAUCUCUUGAUACAUACUUUAGGAAGAUAAAUGUGUAUUAAUAGACCAAAAUUUAUUGUAUCAGUUAUGCAUAAAUUCUUAUGUUUUAUUUAAUAAAAUGGAAAGGUAUUUUCAGUUUCAAGUUAGUAUCCAUAAGACUUUAGGGCAAUAAGAAGAUUGAUUAUUCUGUAAAUAUGUUUAGCUCUCCAGUGCACGUAGCAUACAAUGUAUGUUUACAACUUCUGUGUUCUCCUGAUGAUAUACCGGUUUGUUAUAUGAAUAUUUUGAACUAAACAGUUACACUUAAAAUUAUAACUAAAAUGCAUAUUGUGAACACUAUGUAUAAAUGUAAAAAGUAAACAAUAAGGAAGUAGUUAGGUGGUUGAUUUUUGAUAAAAAUGUCCAGUUUCAACAAACUACUCUAAGCUUCUGUUAGCUAGUUACCAUUGUUGUUUUAAUCAACUUAACUGUUUGCCUAUCACCUUCAAAUAUUUUUUAUUCACUGUUCCUUAUACUGUAUUGUGUCCUGCCUUAUGUAUUUUCCACACUUCUGUUAUUUCAGGAACUAUAAAGCUAUAAUGUAUUUUUAAUUGACAAAAAUUACUGGAAUGCUUUUUGUGUAUCAUUAAUGUUUUGUGUGCAAAUAUACUAUAUAACAUUGUUAAUUUUUUUAUAACUGCAUACAUUAAUAUUAAAACUUAUUAUUGUUCACUAUUUAUGAAAA